AUCUUCUAUUGAAUUCUACGGAUAUAUUGAGUUUGGGGAAACCGCUUAAAAUUGAAGAGGAAAUUCAAAGUUUGGGUGCCUCGCCUAUCCUUUUUCUGAAGUCUUUGUGGGGUCACACCUUGGAUAGUGUUGGUCGUAUUACUCCGGACCAGUUGUUGGAGUUGGCACGGUAUAUGCAUCCACCUCAAAUUAUUCCCGUAGUGGUACAAUCCACAAUUAUCGUUGCUUUGGGGAAAAAGCCAAGCAGCGUUGAACAGUGGUCGGACGCCAGGGAGAAAGUGAAUAAUAAUCUUUUAAAAAAAAUGCGUUCUUUUGAUCCCACUGAUAAAAAGAAAAGAAAAAAGGCCUUUUUCAUCAGAGCAGAAAAACUGCUAAAGGGUUAUGGAGCACGGGAUGUUCUCGAGAAGGGUUCCUAUCCAACAAGCUGUUUCUUUUCCUGGACGUUUGCAGCAAUUCUCUUGCGGAAAAACGCGGAUGUACUGCGUAGAAAAUAUGGGAAGGACGCAACUGUUACUUCAGUUGAGGAAGAUGGCAUGUUGUCAGCAGAGGAUGACAAUACCAUCGAGGGUGAGGCUGACGAUUAUGUGGAUAAUGACGAAAAUGAAAGUGAACCAGAGGAAGCCUAA